AUGGAGAUGCAAAACCCUACGCACCUGCUUCUUGUUUCGAGUCCAGGUCUGGGCCAUCUCAUCCCAGUCAUUGAACUCGGAAAGCGCUUUGCCCUUCACCACAACUUCAAAGUCACAAUCCUCGCCGUCACUUCCCAAACCUCACGCGUCGAAACGCAGAUCCUCAACUCAGUCCUCACCUCCUCCCUCUGCCACAUCAUAGAUAUUCCGUCACCAGACCUCACAGCCCUCGUUGCCGAAAACGACGCCGUCUUCACUCGCCUCUGCGUCACUAUGCGCGAAGCCAAACCGGCCAUCCGAUCCAUUCUUUCCGAAAUAACCCCUCGCCCUUCCGCACUCAUCGUUGAUGUUUUCAGCACUGAGGCCAUACAAAUAGCAAGAGAACUCAAAAUUAUGAACUACGUCUUCGUGGCUUCGCACGCUUGGAUGCUCGCGUUGGUCCUCUAUUCCCCGGUACUGGACGAAGUAGUGGAAGGUCAAUACGUGGACCAAAAAGAACCGCUUAAAAUCCCGGGCUGCAACCCGGUUCGACCGGAGGACGUGUUCGACCCCAUGCUGGACCGGAACGACAGACAGUACAAAGAGUAUCUUGCAAUAGCAAACGGGAUCCUGCAAAGCGACGGCGUUUUGGUUAACACGUGGGAGGAGCUUCAACGUAAAGACCUUGAAGCGCUUAACGAGGGAGGUUUGCUGAGCAAAGAACUGGACAUGAAGAUUCCAGUACAUGGAGUGGGACCUAUUGUGAGACAACCCGAGUUAGACACCAGUUCUUUAACCCACUCACUCAUGACGUGGCUCGACAAACAAUCGAGUGAGUCGGUGGUUUACGUAUCGUUUGGCAGCGGAGGAACGUUAUCGUUUGAGCAAAUGAGGGAGCUAGCAUGGGGGUUGGAACUGAGUGAACAGAGAUUUAUUUGGGUGGUGCGCGCGCCUAUAGAAGGAAUUACGGAUGCAGCGUUUUUCACCACUGGGAAUAGUCAGUUUGAUGAGAUGGUAAAGUAUUUGCCUGAAGGGUUUGUGUCGAGGAUCCACAAAGUGGGCCUGUUAGUCCCGGAUUGGGCCCAACAAGUAACUAUACUAGGGCAUCGUUCUAUCGGAGGAUUUCUGUCACACUGCGGGUGGGGUUCGACGUUGGAGAGCGUCACGAACGGUGUUCCAUUGCUUGCAUGGCCGUUAUAUGCAGAGCAAAGGAUGAAUGCGACGUUGGUGGCGGAGGAGUUGGGCGUGGCGGUUCGGCCCCGGGUGUUGCCGACGAAGAAGGUGGUGCGUAGAGAGGAGAUAGCAGAAAUGGUGAGGAGGGUUAUUACUGAGAAUGGCAUAAGAGAGAGAGUGAAAGAGGUGCAACACGGUGCAAUGAAAUCUUUGUGUGUGGGUGGUUCCUCCUACGCCGCACUUUCUGGUGUGGCAAAGGCAAUUGAAUGUUCCUGCCAAAAUGUGAAAUGCAACAAGAAUUGA